AAUCAGCCAUCGAUCUCUCACACUCUCAGAGCUCAAAUAUAUAUACACUUCCGUUAUCACAUCAUCAUCGUCUUCAUCGAUCACCAUGGUCCGUGAGAACAAGAAUCAGCUUGUCCAAGAAGUGUCCGGUUGGCUAAGAGUCUACGAUGACGGCUCAGUCGACCGGACAUGGACCGGACCUCCCGAGGUCAAGUUCAUGGUCGAGCCAGUCCCGCCCCACGACAAAUUCAUCGACGGGGUGGCCACUAAGGACGUGUUAGUCGACCAAACCUCCGGCCUUCGAGUACGGAUUUACCUCCCGGAGCAGCAGCAAGAACCCGAGGAGGACGAUGACAACAAAGUCAGUAGUGAGCAACAAAAGCUCCCCAUCAUACUUCAUUUCCAUGGAGGAGGCUUCUGCGUCAGCCAAGCUGACUGGUACAUGUACUACCACAUAUACACUAAGCUCUCCCGCUCCGCCAACGCCAUUGUCGUCUCUGUUUAUCAACGCCUGUCACCGGAGCACCGCCUGCCUGCCGCAAUCGACGACGGCUUCUCCGCUCUCCUUUGGCUCCGGUCUGUCGCCCUAGCGGAGCAAAAAGAGCCAUGGCUUCUCACCUAUGCUGAUUUCAACAGAGUCUUCCUUAUCGGAGAUAGCUCCGGAGGGAACAUCGUCCACCACGUGGCGGCUCGAGCGGGAAGUGAGGACUUGAGUCCGCUGAGACUCGCCGGCGGGAUCCCCAUCCACCCGGGCUUCGUUCGGUCGGAGAGGAGCAAGUCGGAGCUGGAGCAGCCUCAGUCGCCGUUUCUUACUCGGGACAUGGUGGACAAGUUCUUGGGGCUGGCGCUGCCUGAGGGGUCGACCAAGGACCAUCCGAUUACGUGUCCGAUGGGGUCGGGGGCUCCGGCAUUGGAGGGGCUGAAGCUGCCACCGUUUCUGCUGUGCAUUGCUGAGAAGGACCUGAUCAUUGACACAGAGAUGGAGUACUACGAGGCCAUGAAGAAGGCGAAGCAGGAUGUGGAGAUUUUGAUGAACAAGGGAAUGAUGCACAGCUUCUAUCUCAACAAGAUUGCGGUGGACAUGGACCCUGAAACAGCUGCAGAGACUGAGCGUCUGAUUGAAGGGAUCAAAGGGUUCAUGGACAAGUACUAGCUAGCUUGAAGUUUUAUAUAUAUGCAGGUUUUAACAAAGUAAUGCAUGUUUUGGGGUAUAUGCCCUUAAUUAAUCUUAUGUACGAAGAAAUAAGCAUCACCAGUUCACCACCAGGUUCUAUAUCCCUUCAAACUUGUCUGUUUAAUUAGCAACUUAAAAUAAAAGCUAGGCUAUAUAUGUUAGCCGGGAUUUAGAGACAGGAUUUGGUUUAUAAUAUCCGGUCUAAUCCAGAUGAUAACUUAUAGCCGUCUGGUUGGGAGAUGGUAUUUAUUUGAUCGAAUGGAAUGUAUUAGCUUUGAG